GCAACCCCCCUUGAAGAGCUCGUGCGAUCGGAGUGCCCGAGGGACUCUUGCAGGCGUCCCUUUUAGUGACAUUCCCUUCCGCUUGUCGAGGUGGGGCCGAAGUGCGGUGGUCGUGGUGUAGUCGGUGCCUGGGACCGCUGGCAACCAUGAAGUUAAAGGAGACAAAGUCAAGGCCAAAGCCGCCGAGCCGUGGCACAUUUCAGACAAAGGGCAUCAAAGUUGUGGGGAAAUGGAAGCAGGUGAAGAUCGAUCCGAACCUGUUUGCAGACGGACAGAUGGAUGACUUGGUGUGCUUCGAGGAACUGACCGAUUACCGUUUAGUCUCCCCUGCCAAGAACCCCUCUGGUCUCUUCUCAAAUGAGGAGCCCAAGAAGAGAAAGGCCGAAGCUGUUUCAGAAGAGGAGGAGGAGGAAGAAGAGGAAGGAGAGUCCAGCUCCCCAAAGAAAAAGCUCAAAUUGAAGAAGCGCCAAGGUGCAGUAGUGGCUGCUGAAGGAUGUACUGCCCAGGAUGAAGUCCAAGAUCCCGAGCCAGAGACUCAGGAAUGUGUCCCUGUUUGUUCUGAUCGAAAGGUAGGAGAAACAGCAUCGGAAAGCUUGGCACGGGCUCUUCCCAAAAAGAAGAAAAACAAAGGGAAAAAAAAGUUAGACGCUUCCCAGAGCACUGCCCCUAAAGUGCCCAAAAAAGCGAAGACAUGGAUGCCUGAAGUGCAUGACCAAAAGGCAGACGUGUCAGCCUGGAGGGACCUGUUUGUGCCCAAGGCCGUUCUCCGAGCGCUCAGCUUUCUAGGCUUCUCUGCACCCACCCCGAUCCAAGCCCUGACGUUGGCCCCUGCCAUCCGUGACAAACUGGACAUCCUCGGAGCUGCUGAGACAGGAAGCGGGAAAACUCUUGCUUUUGCCAUCCCGAUGAUUCACGCAGUGCUGCAGUGGCAUAAGAUGCGGGCUCCCCCCAUCCCAAAUAGCAUGGGAGUACCACCGAGGGAGACCAGGACAGGAGCUGCUUCCGAUCUUGGAUCACCUUGCAAGGGCGGAACUGAGUCUGGAGUGUUACCCGAUGAGGCCAGAACUGAGAAAGAAGCACAGCCUGGGGAAGCUGAGGCUAAGGCCAAAGCCAAGACCAGUGCCUCUGCCUCAGCCCAGGCACUGCUCUCCUGUGAUGGUGAUGAUGCUGGUGAAGGACCUUCUUCCUUGGUUGAGGAAAAGCUUAUCGUCAAGCAAAGUGAGGACAGAGAAGAGAAGCUUGAUGAAGAGCAGGCUGGGAAGUUAAAACAGGGCCUAUGUGACCAAAUUGCUGUCUAUAAAGUACACCCAAGGCGCCCUCUGCUGGGACUGGUCCUCACUCCCACUCGAGAGCUGGCUGUCCAGGUCAGACAGCACAUUGAUGCUGUGGCCAGGUUUACAGGGAUUAAAACAGCAAUUUUAGUUGGUGGAAUGUCCACGCAGAAACAGCAGAGGAUGCUGAAUCGCCAUCCAGAGAUUGUGAUUGCCACCCCUGGUCGGCUCUGGGAGCUAGUUAAAGAAAAACAUCCUCAUUUGAGCAACCUUCGGCAGCUCAGGUGCCUGGUGAUAGAUGAGGCUGAUCGGAUGGUUGAGAAAGGCCAUUUUGCUGAGCUCUCCCAGCUUCUAGAGCUGCUAAACGACUCCCAGUACAACCCCAAUCGACAAACUCUUGUUUUUUCUGCCACACUGACCCUGGUACACCAAGCUCCUGCUCGAAUCCUUCAUAAGAAGCAUGUGAAGAAAAUAGAUAAAACCGCCAAACUUGACCUUCUCAUGCAGAAUAUUGGCAUGCGGGGCAAACCAAAGGUCAUUGACCUCACAAGGAAUGAGGGUACAGUGGAAACGCUGACAGAGACCAAGAUCCACUGUGAGACAGAUGAGAAAGACUUGUAUCUCUACUAUUUCCUCAUGCAGUACCCAGGCCGCAGCUUGGUGUUUGCCAACAGUAUCUCCUGCAUCAAACGCCUCUCUGGACUCCUCAAGGUCCUGGACAUCAUGCCGCUGACUCUGCAUGCCUGCAUGCACCAGAAACAGAGGCUCAGAAACCUGGAGCAGUUUGCCCGUCUGGAAGACUGUGUUCUCUUGGCAACAGAUGUGGCAGCUCGGGGUCUGGAUAUUCCUAAAGUUCAGCAUGUCAUCCAUUACCAGGUGCCCCGCACCUCAGAGAUCUAUAUCCACCGAAGUGGUCGGACUGCUCGUGCCACCAGUGAAGGCCUCAGCUUGAUGCUGAUUGGACCUGAAGAUGUGAUCAACUUCAAGAAGAUUUACAAAACUCUCAAGAAAGAUGAGGACAUCCCACUGUUCCCGGUGCAGUCAAAGUACAUGGACGUGGUCAAGGAGCGGAUCCGCUUAGCCCGGCAGAUUGAAAAGGCUGAAUACCGGAACUUCCAGGCUUGUCUGCACAACUCAUGGAUGGAGCAGGCAGCAGCAGCUCUCGAGAUUGAGCUAGAAGAAGACAUGUACAAAGGAGGAAAAGCUGACCAGCAAGAAGAGCGUCGGCGACAGAAGCAGGUGAAGAUCCUGAAGCAGGAGCUACGCCAUCUGCUCUCCCAGCCACUCUUCCAGGAGAACCUGAAGACCAGGUACCCCACACAGUCUGGCAGGCUGCCUCAGCCUGUGGUGGCCCCCAGGCAUGGCGAGUCUGCACUGAGCUGCCUCUCCAGACAGAAGAGGAGGAGGAAGAAGCCAAAAGAGCAUCGGGCACCGCCACAGCCAAGUCCAAGCACAACAGGCUAACUGCCCUCCCCUCGGCCAAUGUAGUGACUGCUCAGUGACGUCCACUCUCCAGUUGUCUGUGGAAGCCUCCCUGUCCUUGCGCUUCGCUCCACCCUCCCCCGGAGAAACCUGCCACUCUUCAUCUUUAGCAGGAAAGACCUCAUGCACACGUGUGUUGUGGAGUUAAGUGUAGUAGCCAGCAGCUGUGUCUCUGUAGCCAGUGUAUACGGGCUUCUAUGUACACCUUGGUUUCCAAAUUAAAAACAAGUAGGAGCCAGAGAGUCA